UCCAAGACAGAACACUAACACUGCUAGUAUCGUAACCUCACAAAUAUCUUGUUGUGCUUUCAUAUUAUAUGUGAAAAUUGAUGCUAUCCUUUCAUAAAAAAUUGUUUUCAAAAACAAUAUUUCUAUCGGAGUCCUGAAUUUUGGACCCAUCUUUUUUUAGAAAAUACUAGAGCGCUAUGGCUGGAGUAGAACUAGUUAUUGAAGAAAAAAAAGAUGAUACAGUAGACAGGCAGAAGGUAUGCCCAUUCUUGUUGCGAGUUUUCGUAUCUUCCACAGGAUCCCACCAUAAACCCUCCGAUUAUAUGAAGGGUAACUCUCCACAAAAUGAACUUCAAGUUUAUACUUGGCGAGAUGCAACUUUACAUGAACUUACCCAGCUCGUCAAAGAAGUAAAUCCUGAAGCAAGAAGAAAAGGGACUAAAUUCAGUUUUGCUUUUGUUUAUCCUGAUAUUAGACAGCCGGUAUAUCGCAUACGAGAAAUAGGUAGUACAAUGACUGGUGUAAAAGGGCCAGAUGAUUUGAAGACUCUUGGUCAACUCCGUCUGAACAUUGGUGACUAUGUGGAUAUAGCUAUUACACCCCCUGAUUCAUGGAACAAUGUCAGGAAAGGAUACAAUAAUAGUUAUAACAAUAGGUCAAGACCAUAUUAAUUAAUCCUUGAUAUUGAAUUUAUCUAAUAAGUUAUCUUAUGGUUUUUGAAAGUGAUUUUUCUUGAAGUUUGUUAUUUGAUCUGUUGUUUUAGAAAUUUCAGAAUUGAUUUUAAUUUUGGUUAUCUUGACACUAUCAUUUAAUGAUAUAGCUUGUGAAUAUUUAUAAAGGUACCAAUUUAUCCCAAGAAAAUGCAAAAGUUCACACCAUUUAUUGAUUUCAGUAUGUAAAUGUAAAAGAAAACACUAAAAAAUAAAAUAAGUUCAUUUUAGAA